GUUUGCCGCAAAGAUGUGGCUCUCAAAAAAUUUUAGGUUUUCAGUUCUUUCUUCCAUUGCCAAGUUUCCACCUUUUCUUCCAAUCCACAAUUCCCUCUUUUGCUCUCACUCUCAAACUUCGUUAAACGACGAAGCCGUCUCACAAUUCAAUCGCUUGCUUCAUGAGCGCCAUGUUCCUCCCAUCUUCGAAUUUGGAAAGAUUUUGGGAUUUCUUGUGAGGAUGAAGCGGUACCGUACUGCUAUUUCUCUCAUUAAGCAAAUGGAGCUCAAGGGAAUUCUCUGUGACCAUGCUAAUCUCAACCUCCUCAUCAAUUGUUUCUGUCACUUAGACAAAUUGGCUUUCGCUUUUUCUGUAUUUGCCAAGAUUCUCAAACGGGGUUAUCAUCCAGAUGCCAUAACCUUAAAUACACUCAUGAGAGGUCUCUGUGAUAAGGGUGAGGUCAAGGAAGCCUUCAACCUUCACGACAAAGUGAUAGCACUAGGAUUUCGAUUCAACCACAUUACUUAUGGUAUUCUGAUCAAUGGAUUGAGCAAAAUAGGAGAAACUGAAGCCGCGAUCAAAUUGCUCAGAAGUAUUCAAGGUCGAUCAGCGGUAAUGUACACCAUAAUUAUUGACUCCCUAUUAAAAAAGAAACAACCAAAAGAAGCUUAUGAUUUGUAUUCUGAGAUGGUUAUCAAGGGAAUUUCUCCUAAUGUUGUUACUUAUAGUACUCUAAUUUAUGGCUUUUGCUUAGUGGGACAGGUAGAAGUAGCAUUUGGUUUUCUAAAUGAAAUGCUAUCAAAUAGUAUCAGGCCAAAUGUUUAUACCUAUAAUAUAUUGAUUGAUGCAUUGUGUAAGGAAAAAAAGCUAGGAGAAGCCAAGAAUGUGUUAGGUGUGAUGGUGAAAGCUCAUGUGAAACCUGAUGUUGUUAGCUUUACUGCUCUAAUGGGUGGGUACUACAUAGUUAAUAAAGUGAAGAAUGCGAAACAAGUAUUCAGUGCAAUGACUCACAUGGGAGUGAGUCCUGAUGUUAGGACUUACAAUAUCAUGAUAAAUAGACUUAUAAGGAACGAAAGGGUGGAUGAGGCCAUAAAUCUCUUUCAGGAAAUGCACAACAGGAAUAUAGUUCCAUAUAUUGUGACUUACAGUACUCUUAUUGAUGGUUUGUGCAAAACUGGAAGAAUCUCUCAUGCUUGGAAUCUUUUUCGUGAGAUGCGUGAUAGAAAUCAACAAGCAGACGUAAUCACUUAUAGUUCCAAGAUUAAUGUUUUAUGUAAAAAUCAUCAUCUAGACAAGGCAAUUGAAUUAUUGAGGAAAAUGAGAGAAAAUGGAGUUCAACCCGAUAUAUACACUGCAACAAUACUUAUUAAUGGGAUGUGUAGAGGGGGGAGACUUAAGAAUGCACAAGAGAUUUUUCAAGAUAUAUUGAAUAAAGGUCACAAGCCUGACACAUGGUUUUAUAAUGUUAUGAUCAGUGGUCUUUGUAAGGAGGGUUUGCUUGAUGAGGCAUUGACCUUGUGGUCCAAAAUGGAAGACAGUGGUUGUUUAUCUAAUGUUAUAACUUUUGAAAUAAUCAUCCCGGCUCUCUUUAAGAACGACAAGACUGAAAAGGCAGAGAAAUUUUUGCACGAAAUGAUCUCUAGAGACUUGUUGAAAGUAACUGUAAACGAUAGGCGACCUUCCCAAUUUGCUGAAUCACCUGGAAUGGUCCGUAAUACCGAGCUGCAAGUUUUGGAUGUAACCUUACAGGAAGAAAACCUAAAUUUGAAUAAUUUCAAACUAUUGUUGUUUGCCGCAAAGAUGUGGCUCUCAAAAAAUUUUAGGUUUUCAGUUCUUUCUUCCAUUGCCAAGUUUCCACCUUUUCUUCCAAUCCACAAUUCCCUCUUUUGCUCUCACUCUCAAACUUCGUUAAACGACGAAGCCGUCUCACAAUUCAAUCGCUUGCUUCAUGAGCGCCAUGUUCCUCCCAUCUUCGAAUUUGGAAAGAUUUUGGGAUUUCUUGUGAGGAUGAAGCGGUACCGUACUGCUAUUUCUCUCAUUAAGCAAAUGGAGCUCAAGGGAAUUCUCUGUGACCAUGCUAAUCUCAACCUCCUCAUCAAUUGUUUCUGUCACUUAGACAAAUUGGCUUUCGCUUUUUCUGUAUUUGCCAAGAUUCUCAAACGGGGUUAUCAUCCAGAUGCCAUAACCUUAAAUACACUCAUGAGAGGUCUCUGUGAUAAGGGUGAGGUCAAGGAAGCCUUCAACCUUCACGACAAAGUGAUAGCACUAGGAUUUCGAUUCAACCACAUUACUUAUGGUAUUCUGAUCAAUGGAUUGAGCAAAAUAGGAGAAACUGAAGCCGCGAUCAAAUUGCUCAGAAGUAUUCAAGGUCGAUCAGCGGUAAUGUACACCAUAAUUAUUGACUCCCUAUUAAAAAAGAAACAACCAAAAGAAGCUUAUGAUUUGUAUUCUGAGAUGGUUAUCAAGGGAAUUUCUCCUAAUGUUGUUACUUAUAGUACUCUAAUUUAUGGCUUUUGCUUAGUGGGACAGGUAGAAGUAGCAUUUGGUUUUCUAAAUGAAAUGCUAUCAAAUAGUAUCAGGCCAAAUGUUUAUACCUAUAAUAUAUUGAUUGAUGCAUUGUGUAAGGAAAAAAAGCUAGGAGAAGCCAAGAAUGUGUUAGGUGUGAUGGUGAAAGCUCAUGUGAAACCUGAUGUUGUUAGCUUUACUGCUCUAAUGGGUGGGUACUACAUAGUUAAUAAAGUGAAGAAUGCGAAACAAGUAUUCAGUGCAAUGACUCACAUGGGAGUGAGUCCUGAUGUUAGGACUUACAAUAUCAUGAUAAAUAGACUUAUAAGGAACGAAAGGGUGGAUGAGGCCAUAAAUCUCUUUCAGGAAAUGCACAACAGGAAUAUAGUUCCAGAUAUUGUGACUUACAGUACUCUUAUUGAUGGUUUGUGCAAAACUGGAAGAAUCUCUCAUGCUUGGAAUCUUUUUCGUGAGAUGCGUGAUAGAAAUCAACAAGCAGACGUAAUCACUUAUAGUUCCAAGAUUAAUGUUUUAUGUAAAAAUCAUCAUCUAGACAAGGCAAUUGAAUUAUUGAGGAAAAUGAGAGAAAAUGGAGUUCAACCCGAUAUAUACACUGCAACAAUACUUAUUAAUGGGAUGUGUAGAGGGGGGAGACUUAAGAAUGCACAAGAGAUUUUUCAAGAUAUAUUGAAUAAAGGUCACAAGCCUGACACAUGGUUUUAUAAUGUUAUGAUCAGUGGUCUUUGUAAGGAGGGUUUGCUUGAUGAGGCAUUGACCUUGUGGUCCAAAAUGGAAGACAGUGGUUGUUUAUCUAAUGUUAUAACUUUUGAAAUAAUCAUCCCGGCUCUCUUUAAGAACGACAAGACUGAAAAGGCAGAGAAAUUUUUGCACGAAAUGAUCUCUAGAGACUUGUUGAAAUGAUGAAAGAUGACACCUUAUUUGAAUAACAAUGUGUUUGUCAUAGAAUGUGCAUGAAUGGUUUGUAAAUUUUGAAUUAGAUGAGUUGGUUUAGGUUGUAACCUCUGUCGCUGAUGUUUUCCUGGUCAAGGGUUGAUACAUUUUUAUUUU